GGAGAGUUAUCGAAUCUAGUUCGCAUGAGAAAUUCUGCAAUAGGAAAGUCAGCACCUUCUCUAUCAGUUCAUGUGCGUGAUUUCAACAUUUCUCGUCGUGCUGCUAAAGCAGCUCAUCGCAAAUCUCUCAUAACAACGACGUCACCUACUUUACCACGUUGCCAUUCACCUUUGUCAGCAUUCGUCCCGAUUGUAGGCAGUCCCCUAGAGAGUCCUAGGAUGUCAUCCAGUCCACACUUUGCUUUUGCUCCAAUUAAAAGAAUUGGCGGAGGUGCUACAGGAACUGGAGAUGGUAGAAGAUGGUCAGUUGCUAGUUUGCCGUCUAGUGGCUAUGGAACAACACCUGGCUCCAGUAAUGUUUCGUCACAAUACUCGAGCCAAGAACGUUUGCAUCAACUGCCAAAUGUUCCCACUAAAGACGAACUACGCAUGUUAUCUUGCCAUUUCUCCAAGCCCGGGACACCAUGCUCCUCACAUCCAGGCUUCCCAGGUUCUAGCAUAUCUAGUAUUCCGGGUAGUGCGUCUCUUAGCCUUGAAGAGGAAGGCCGUCGGUCACCGUUACAUCGUCCACGUUCCCGAAGUUUGAGCAGUCCGAGUCGAUCACCUGUUCUUGACAGCGAAAUUGUUAUGAUGAAUACUUUGUAUAAAGAAAGAUUUCCAAAGGCAACACAACAAAUGGAAGAGCGACUAACCAAUUUUAUUAAUGAAAACAAAGAGAUAGAUGAAUACGAGAUAAUGGCCAAUAUGACGCAAGAUUCAUUACCAAUUUUACGCUUUGUACAUCAUCAAGUAAUCGAAAUGGCUAGAGACUGCUUACAGAAAUCUCAGGAAAAAUUAAUUACAACGAGAUAUUUUUAUGAGAUGAGUGAAAAUUUGGAACAUCUGUUAAUGGAGACAAAAGAUAAAUCUUUAGAAGCGGCAACAAGGCUAACAGGAUUGAUAAAGAAGCUACUAUUGGUUAUAUCGCGUCCUGCUCGUUUAUUAGAAUGCUUGGAAUUCGAUCCCGAGGAAUUUUAUCAUUUACUCGAACAAGCUGAAGGCCAAGCUAAAGUCAAUGCGGGAAUAAAAGCUGAUAUUCCUCAAUAUAUUAUUACAAAACUAUCAUUAAAUAGAGAUCCUAUUUCUGAGUUACAAGAAGACUUAAAUAAAUUGGAGGAUUCAGCGAGUUCUAGCGAUAGUAAUUUACAAGUAACAUCGAGUCCAAAUAAAGAUGAUGACAAAUGUCAACGUAUUCCGUGCGAAAGUGAUUACGAAGUAUUGAAGCUCAUUAGCAAUGGCGCAUAUGGUGCAGUCUAUUUGGUUAAAGAAAAGACCACCCGACAGAGAUUCGCUAUGAAGAAAAUUAAUAAGAAUAAUUUAAUGCUGCGAAAUCAGGUGGAACAAGUGUUUGCCGAAAGAGAUAUAAUGAGCUUCACAGAUAAUCCAUUUGUAGUCUCUAUGUACUGUAGUUUUGAAACUAAGAAACAUUUAUGCUUAGUAAUGGAAUAUGUAGAGGGAGGAGAUUGCGCGAAUCUUUUAAAAAAUAUAGGUCCACUGCCACCAGACAUGGCAAGAUUUUAUUUCGCAGAGACUGUCUUGGCUGUUGAAUAUUUACACAGUUAUGGCAUUGUACAUCGGGAUUUGAAGCCUGAUAAUUUACUCAUCACUGCCCUGGGACACAUCAAGCUUACUGACUUUGGCCUCAGUAAAAUGGGUCUAAUGUCCUUGGCAACAAAUCUUUACGAGGGCUAUAUCGAUCGAGAUACACGGCAGUUCUCAGACAAGCAAGUAUUCGGCACGCCAGAGUACAUUGCUCCGGAAGUUAUAUUACGUCAGGGUUAUGGUAAACCGGUUGACUGGUGGUCCAUGGGUAUUAUAUUGUACGAAUUUCUAAUUGGCUGUGUUCCAUUCUUUGGUGAAACACCCGAAGAAUUAUUUGCUCAUACGGUGAACGAUGAUAUUGAAUGGCCAGAUGAAGAUGAUUGGCUUGUUCAACCCGAAGCAAAAGAUAUUAUAACGGCUCUUCUACAUCAGAGUCCUAGGGAUCGUUUGGGAACUGGUGGAUCGCACGAAGUCAAGGAACAUCCAUAUUUUUAUGGAGUAAAUUGGAACAGCUUACUUAGGCAAAAAGCUGAGUUUGUGCCACAAUUAGUUAAUGACGAAGAUACAAGUUACUUUGAUACUCGUAUGGAUAGGUAUAAUCACGAUAUAGGCGAUGAUACAGACGACACCGAUGAUUCUCCCUUAUUCGGAUCGUUCUCCUCUUACUCGCCUCAAUCACGCAAGAUCUCGCAAACGCGUCCACCUCAAUUCAACUCAGAUGCAGAAUCCGACACUUCCAAGAAGUUAUUCCGUACUGAAUUUGAAGGCACGUUCGCGCAAUUAUCUCUUGGAUCGAUCGUGUCGUCGAUCGCGCUGCCAUCCAAAUUGGCCGAUCCACAAUCCGCACAAUCAUCUGAAAGACAUCGUCCGCCCUCCUCGGUAAAGAAUAGUUCCUGCGCUGAGAAUCAAACCAGAACCGACAAACUCAACACCACGUCGUCAUCCUGCGUAACUCCCGGCACUACGAUUUCAUCGAGCAACGAACCGCAACUAUCAAUCGUUAAAAAUACUCAGGUGGAAAGAACAUCAAUUAAUCUGAGUACACCCGAUUCUUCGCAAACCGAGUCCGAAGAUAUUAGUCCUCAGAUCCAGAGAAAGCGACACACGCAUUCCCGUGAUAAGCUGCCCAGGUUGGAUCUCGCAGCGGCAAAUAAAGACGUAAGAGAGACAGAAGAGAGCAAGCACGAUUCUAGCACUGAUUCCUUUGAAUCCUUCAGCGCUAUAUCUAUGUUACCAUCCGCCCGACAGAAAUCUCGAUCUGUCAUAAAAUCUGCCUCAACUAGCGGACUGUCGUUAGUGAUUCCAACCAGCGAUUUCGCUUAUGACGCGCCGCUGAAUGUUCAACCUAUUGAAUCGCCUGGUGGAUCAUCAACUGCAUCUUCGAGAGAUACUUCCCCUUGUCGCGAACUAAGUCCUCUCGUAACUAGCUUGAAACCGCCCAUUAUCAUCCGUCGAGGACCAUGUGGCUUUGGUUUUACUGUGCACACUAUUAGGGUUUACUAUGGCGACAGCGAUUUUUACACUAUGCAUCACCUAGUAAUGGAAGUCGAACAGUCCAGCCCGGCAUUCGAAGCUGGUUUGAGACCUGGUGAUCUGAUAACGCACAUAAAUGGUGAACCAGUGCAGGGUCUGUAUCAUACCCAGGUUUUGCAGCUAAUGUUAAGCGGUGGUGACCACGUAACGUUACGUAGUACGCCGUUGGAGAACACCAGCAUCAAGACCGGCGGUAGAAAGCGUGACCUUGCGCAGAGUAAAUUGGCGCGCCGAACGUUACAUAAGCAACGAAAGCAAAAGCGGGAUCAUUCAGACAAGAAACGGAAGACGUCUCUUUUUAAGAGAAUAAGUUCCAAACGGGCGAGCGUAGAGAUGCAGCAGCCGUUAACUAUCAGUUGUCCAUUGUCAGCACCCAUUUUGUCCAGCGACAGCAAACCUCCACUUAUGAUGGCUGCAGGAAUUUGCUCUCCUUCAAUGGUCACGCCUAGUCGAUCAUUUCAGUCGUUUACUCGCUCGCAAGAGACGUCACCAUAUUUUACGACAUGCUCGAAAUCUGUCUGCAGCCCGUCCCCGCCGACGAAUCGCGCCAAUACGGAUUCUUAUCAUUCUACCGGAAAUUCAAGUCCGUGUUCAAGUCCGAAUUCUUCGUCCCCAGGUUCGAAUACGUCAGUAGGCAAUCUGUCAGGUAUCUCGAACCAGUCGCAUUAUCAACGCCCCAGCACUCUUCAUGGCCUCAAGCACAAAUUACACACGGCUGCGAAGAACAUUCAUUCGCCGAAUCGCAGGAAGUCCGUGGGUCACAUACCAUUAUCGCCAUUGGCUAGAACACCGAGUCCAUCACCGAUUCCUGCAAGUCCGACGAGAAGCCCAAGCCCGUUAGCGUUCCCCACGGGUCAUCAACCUGGUAGUUCCAACACUACGCAAUCAUAUAGUCCAGGAGCAUGUUUAUCGACGCCGAACAGUCAGAAGAAAGGUUACGGUCGUCCGAAAUCCGCGGAACCAGGUUCACCGCUGCUCCGACGAGCUCUCAGUCCUGAUCGACUUCAUCCGCGUUCGGCAGAGAAUAAAACGUCGAUAUCGCCGCUGGCUAACACUGUGGUCAAAGUAACACCACGUGUGACUAUCGCACAGCAGUCCCACAAUAGCAGUGAUACCUGUUCGGAUGAAUCCAAUGAUAGUUUCAAGGAGACCAACGAGAGCACAAAGGGCGAGAAAAAAGUGCCAAGUGAACAGAAAGGGGACUACUCUAAAUUGACUCAUAGUAUAUCUAUUAAUUUAGGGAACGUAAGCAUGUCAAAUUCCUGCGGUAGUACGCAAUUGCCACGGAUAGCCGAAGAAAAGGAUUCACCAACAGGCACUAAGAGUGAUGACUACUCAUCGUCAAAGGAGAUUAGCGCGGAGAAAAGCGACAAGCAACAGUCGACGUAUAGUAACAAUCAGUCUGGUGACGUGGAGAAAACUCAGAACGAUGAACGCCAAGCUGUUAGCGGCAGCAAAGUAUCGCAAUAUAACGAAAAAAAGGAAACUGUCGUUCAACAUGGUGUCCCGCAAGCGAGCGCACAGCAAAUAACCAGUGCCAUGAACUUACAGAAAAAUCUAGAUCAGAGACAUUGUCAGACUGGCGAGAGAUCUGUUGCAUCAUCUACGUUGUUGCAUAAAACAUUCACCGCCGAACAGAAAAACACCGGAAAAGGCAAUCUCGAAGCUCAUCAAGAAAUUAAGAAAGUAUCUAAAAAAUACAAGGCUGAUACCGGCGAUGGCGCCCAUUCAAGCACGCACGACAACAACGCAGGGUUGGGAAAAGAUAAGAAGAACUAAUUAAUAUAAUGUGCUUUUAAGUAAAUUCUUGAAGCAUCGAUUUCCUCUAUGCAGCGGAGGACUUUGAAUUAUCUAUGUGUUAAUCAAAUGUGAAAUGAAGAGAAAGUUAUCCUUUGCAAAGUUCGAAUAGCUUUGUCGAAUAGAUACUGACGAUCAUAUGAGAGAUAAGAGACUAAUCAAAAGGGAAAGCAAGAAAAAAGGAAGAAAGAUCACAGAUUUUUAAUUUAUAUAGCUUUAUGGAACUUCUAUAUUCAAACUUAUAGGCUUCCGUCAAAUGAAUACCUGAAAGCGAUUAAGAUACUUAUAUAUAUUUCCGAGAAGGUUUUAAUCUAUUUCCGUAAAAUAUAAUGUUUGUCAUAUACAAAACACUGCAAAUUUUCAAAUAAAUUUACACAGAUGAGAAAUACAUUAUUUUAAUUGUGAAACGCAAGACUCAAUGUUACUAACUGGAAAUCACAAAAUCGUAUAUCGAAGUUGCUCUAACAGUGAGACAAUUGGAGUGAUUUUAUGCUUCGGGCUACAGUAUUUACACGAUCUCAUUUACAUUUAUAUCUAAAUAAUAUUAGCACGUAAUAUAUACACAUAUACUGUACACGCGCGCGC